GCUCCCGGUGGCGCCGAAAGAGAGAGAGAGAAAGAGAGAGACAGGCGGGCGGGGGGAGCCUCUCUCUCAAAACCGAGGGAGAAAUAUACAGAUUACAGAGGCUAUUUAGGUAUCUUGGUUUUGUUUUGCGAAUGAUGGAAUGCUUGAAAAAGAAGCUCUUUUGAAGCUCCUAUUUUCUGUUUUUUUUUGUGAUAUGAAGAUAAAUCUUUGAAGUGAGCAGAAAUGGAGGAUAAGAGGAAAGGAGCAUUCAAUGUUACGGCGAUGUGUGGACUCCAAGGGGAGGUUCUUUCGAGGGAUGGAAGCCAGUAUAGUUUGUCGGCUGGGGUGCUUCCAGCGCUUGGGGCCAGAGGAGGUAGAAGGCUUAAGCUGCGUUCCUUCAUUAUAUCUCCUUAUGAUAAAAGAUAUAGAGCAUGGGAAACUUUUCUGAUUAUCUUGGUGAUCUAUACUGCUUGGGUUUCUCCAUUUGAGUUUGGUUUCAUCUCAAAGCCAACAGGACCUUUGUCUAUUGUUGAUAACUUAGUCAAUGGCUUCUUCGCAAUCGAUAUAGUCCUUACUUUCUUCGUAGCCUACCUUGAGAGCACAACCUAUCUAUUCAUUGAUGAUCAUGUGAAGAUUGCGCGAAAGUACUUGACCAGCUGGUUUAUCUUGGAUUUUGUCUCCAUCAUCCCUUCAGAACUUGUUCGUAGGAUGCUGCCGAGAAAGAUGCAGUCCUACGGGUUCUUCAACAUUCUUCGGCUAUGGCGUCUUAGAAGAGUCAGUUCACUUUUUGCUCGCUUGGAGAAGGACAGACACUUCAACUACUUUUGGGUCCGAUGUAUAAAACUCAUUUGUGUUACCCUUUUUGCCGUCCAUUGUGCUGGAUGCUUCUAUUAUCUUCUUGCAGCAAGUUAUCCCGACCCCGUAAUGACAUGGAUUGGUGCUACGAUGCCCAAUUUCCAUGAAAGAAGCUUGUGGAUCCGUUAUGUGACAUCAAUGUAUUGGUCAAUCACUACUCUUUCAACUGUUGGAUAUGGGGACUUGCAUGCUCAAAACACCAGGGAGAUGAUCUUCGAUAUCUUUUACAUGCUCUUCAACUUGGGGCUCACAGCAUAUCUAAUUGGAAAUAUGACUAAUUUGGUUGUUCAUGGAACCAGCAGAACUAGAAAGUUUAGAGAUACAAUUCAGGCUGCAUCUGGAUUUGCACAGAGAAACCAACUCCCACUGCGCCUCCAAGAGCAAAUGCUUGCACAUCUCUGUUUGAAGUAUAGGACAGAUUCGGAGGGGCUUCAACAACAAGAGACCCUUGAUAUACUUCCAAAAGCCAUCCGAUCGAGCAUCUCUCAGUACCUCUUCUUUAGUCUUGUUCAGAGAGUUUAUUUGUUUCAAGGGGUUUCUAAUGAUUUGCUUUUCCAACUGGUAUCAGAGAUGAAAGCUGAGUAUUUUCCUCCCAGGGAGGACGUGAUCCUACAGAAUGAAGCACCAACUGAUUUUUACGUGCUAGUUACUGGCACUGUGGAGCUAAUAGACCACAAGAAUGGGAUUGAGCAGGUUGUUGGAGAGGCAACGACAGGUGAUCUUUUUGGAGAAGUUGGAGUACUUUGUUAUAGGCCACAAUUGUUCACAUUCCGAACCAAAAAGUUGUGCCAGUUGUUGCGGUUAAACCGCACUACAUUUCUCAGCAUUGUUCAAUCAAAUGUAGGAGAUGGGACUGUAAUCAUGAACAACCUUCUUCAGUAUUUGAAAGAGCAGAAGGACCCAAUUAUGGAGAGGAUUUUGAGGGAGACAGAGGACACCCUUGCUCGGGGUCGAAUGGACUUGCCUCUCUCUCUUCGGUUUGCUGUCAUCAGAGGAGAUGAUCUGUUGUUGCAUAAACUUCUUAAGCGUGGUUUGGAUCCAAAUGAAUCUGACGGCAAUGGGCACACAGCCUUGCAUCUGGCGGCAUCAAAGGGAAGUGAGAAUUGUGUUCUUCUCCUGCUAGAUUAUGGAGCAGAUCCCAAUAGUCGAGAUUCAGUUGGAAAUGUUCCUUUAUGGGAAGCUGUACUUGGGAAGCAUGAAUCUGUAAUCAAGAUGCUAAUAGACAAUGGUGCAAACCUUUCUUAUGGUGACAUCGCCCAAUAUGCAUGCACAGCAGCAGAGCAGAACAGCAUAGACCUGCUCAAGGACAUUAUCAGCUAUGGGGGUGAUGUGAGUCUGCCUAGAAAGGAUGGGAACACAGCUCUUCACCUUGCAGUCUGUGAAGGAAACUUUCAGAUGGUCAAGUUGCUGCUUGAGCAAGGAGCUGAUAUUGACAAGCAUGACAUACAUGGUUGGAGCCCAUGGGAAUUAGCUGAACAGCAAGGCCAUCAAGAAAUCAUUUCGCUCUUCCAGGCAAAGAAAGCUCGAGAGAAUGACACCAAUCCCGGUGGACGAAAGGAAGAUGACAGCUCCGGCGAUUGGAAUGCUUCAACAGCAAACAGAUGUCUUGGAAGAUUCCGAAGCGAGCCAGCGAUGGUGCGAGAGUUGCAAGAAGGCAUGCCUUCCUCAUCUGAGGCUUCUUCAAAGAGAAGAAACCAGAAUAACAACUCUAGAAGCUUUUGCAACUCUCUAUUUGGCAUCAUGUCAGCUUCUCAUGCUGAUAAGAGUGGCAAUACACUGUUAUCAUGUAGCUCAACUUAUGCAAAAACUGGCUUUGGCUAUCACCCUGAUGGUCACCAUCAACAAGUUCAGCAUUACUAUCAUGGUUAUAAUCAUCAUACCCCUCUAAGGGUAACAAUCACCUGUCCUGAGAAGCGAGAUUCGGCACGUAAGCUCGUGCUUCUUCCACGAUCAAUCGAGGAGCUUCUCUGGAUUGGAGAUAAGAAAUUUGGUUUUCAAGCCUCCAAAGUAGUUACAAAGGAUGGGGUUGAAAUUGACGAUUUGCAGCUCAUUAGAGAUGGUGAUCAUCUUCUUCUGGUCAGUGAUUUAUGGAGGGGAAGAAAUAACAGCAUUCAAUAAUAUGAGAUACUGCAUGGGAAGAAAACUUUGAAGGUGACCAGUCUCCUAUCUUGAAAGCUUGAUUUGGGAAUUCUCUUCUCUUAAGAUGUUAGUUUAAAUACAGUUGCCAAUCCUCCCAUAAUAGGUUUUCCCUCUUAUUGUAGUAUUAUUUUAAAUGCAUCAUCAUUGGGAUAUGAGCCCAAGAUAGUCUGCAUUGAAAUUUAUAGAAUCACCUUUAGAUGAGAUUAAAUCAUCAAGGAGAAGUCAUUUGAAUUAUUUGUAAUUGAGAUCUUUAAUUAUUAUUGAUAACAUAUCUAUUUAUAAUGUGAAAUUUUGUUUU